ACACAAUAGCCAGUCUCUGCUGCACGAAGGCUAGCAUUAGCUGGCUUUAAUUUAUGGGAAACGAAGGAGCACAGUUUAAAAGUGGCGAAGCAGGGCAGCAGAUCAUGCGUCUGCUAUGAAUGACUCAGGACGUCGUUUGGGGCUUCGUUGGCUGCUGUCCGGGGCUCUCUCAGUCUCCUGGAGGAUCAGGGAGGACACCAGAAGAGGGAUUUUGUCAUUCCUGACUUCCUCGACGCCCUGACCGCCGUUGUAGCUGGAGGCGUGGGACGAAAUGGCCAGUCUGCAGCAGACUGAUUUGUCAUAUGCGUGGGAAAAGUACAUGGAUUGCAGACUGCAAGGAGCGGAUCUGCAGCUGUUGAAGUGUCCCCCUCUCUGCCCCUCCUUGACCCUGGUCAGCCUUCAGGGUCUGGAGAAUUUCCUCUGUCUCUUCCACUAUGUGCAGCAUCGCCCCAACAACAGCAAAGAUGCACUGAAAUUCUGCUCAGACAUGAGUGGGGCCAGUAACACACUGGCGAGAGAGUUCCUGACCGACGUGCAUCAGCUAUGCAGUGCGGUGGCCCAGAGAGCGGAGGCACGGGAGGAAGAUGAGGAGGAGAGUCACAUGGUGGCGCUGGGAGAGUACCUGGUCAGGGGGCGGGGCUUCUUGUUGCUCAGCACCCUGGACUCCAUCAUUGACCAGGAACUGACCUGCCGGGAGGAGCUGCUCACUUUGCUGCUGUCUCUGCUACCACUGGUCUGGAAGAUCCCUGUGCAGGAGGAAAAAGCCCCAGAUUUCACCCUGCCGUCCCUACUGGAGGUAUUCCUCAGCCGGGAGGUGAAGGCUGCCCCUCUCAGAGCAGGACAGAAGGCUGCGACAGAUGAACAGAACUCUGGGAAGCGGUCCCGUGUUGGCAGUGGCACCUGGAAGUCGCGGCGGUCACGCAGAACAGCGCAGAGAUACUCCGUAAAGGAUGCUCGGAAGUCCCAGGUUUCUACCUCCGAUUCAGAGGCCAACCCUGAAGACAAAGCCGGCCCAGGCCCCGGUGGUGCCAGGAGCCGAAGGUCACAUGGCUCCACCAUCCGGGUAAACUGUCAGCAUCAUCGCUCAGAGGCCUCACAACAGUUAACGUCCACCGCCGCUGCCAUCGCAGAAACCAUGAGUGCACCAUACCCACACCCCCGAGCCCCUGGGUCCCAGAUGGUGGACACGGAAACCCUGACAGACCCAGCUGCAAUAUCAAUUUUCAACCGCAUGGAAAACUCGCCCUUUGAUCUCUGCCAUGUGUUGCUUUCCCUGCUGGAGAAGGUCUGCAAGUUUGACAUGAGCAUCAACCACAACCCUGGCCUGGCAGUCAGUGUCGUACCUACUCUCACUGAAAUCCUGACUGAGUUUGGAGACUGCUGUGGUCCAGGAGGAGGCGUUGGAGGUGGAACGGGGGCCGAGGAGCUUGCUGGAGGCUGGACGGAAGAGCCCAUUGCACUGGUCCAGAGGAUGCUUCUACGCACCAUCCUGCACUUGAUGUCAGUGGAUGUGAGUCAAAGUGAGACCCUCCCAGACAGCCUGAGACGCAGCCUGACAGACCUGCUGAGAGCCACCCUCAAAAUCCGAAGCUGCUUGGACAGACAGAGUGACCCUUUUGCCCCUCGGCCGAAGAAGACCCUGCAGGAGGUCCAGGAUGACUUUUCAUUCUCCCGCUAUCGCCACAGGGCGCUACUGCUGCCAGAGCUUCUAGAGGGAGUACUACAAGUGCUGCUGGGUUGCCUGCAGGCUUCCACACCCAACCCCUUUUUCUUUAGCCAGGCGCUGGAGCUCAUCCAUGAGUUUGUCCAGCACCGCGGCCUGGAGCUGUUUGAGGCCACAGUGCUGCGGCUGGAGGGACUCGGCAGGGCCAGGGAUUCUGAAGUAGGAGGUGAGGCUCCAGAGAGGCUACGGGGUCUCAUUGCGGGAAUCUUUAAGAUCAUCAGUGCUGUCAAGAAGGCAAAGUCGGAGCAGCUGCAUCAAUCCGUGUGCGCCAGACGGCGGCACCGUCGCUGUGAAUAUUCCCACUUCCUGCAUCACCACAGAGACCUGUCAGGUUUGCCCGUCUCUGCUUUCAAGCAGGCUGCUCGGCGCAACCCCUUUGAAGAGGAUGGAGAAGGCAAGGAAGGGAUGGACGGGGACGCAGUGCGUUACCCCGAGCGCUGCUGCUGCCUGGCUGCCUGCGCUCACCAAUGUCUGCGGCUCUUGCAGCGAUUGUCCCCCAGCGGGCCGGCUGUGUUGCAGGUACUGGCUGGGGUGCAGGCUGUUGGAAUCUGCUGCUGCAUGGACCCCUGCUCAGUCGUAGGACCCCUGCUGCAUGCCUUCCAAGCACCAGGUCUGCGUAGUUACCAGUCCCAUGUUCUCAGUGUCCUGGGCAGACUGAUCCUCGACCAGCUUGGUGGGGGACAACCCUCAGAGAAAGCCAAGCUGGCCUCCUGUAACAUCUGCACUCUGGACAGCAGCCAGCUGCCAGGCCUGGAGGAGACACUGCAGCUCGGGGAACCUUCAGCCGUGUCCACCAGUCUGUGCUACCGCUCCCAGGGUAUUCUGCCAAGCGGUGGGGGGGAAGAGGACAUGCUGUGGAAGUGGAACGCUCUGGAGGCCUAUCAGGAGCUAGUGUUUGGUGAGGACUGGCAGCUGAGCCAGCAGAUAGCUGGCCAUGUGUGCCACCUGACCCUGCGGGGCAAUGCUAUAGUGCAGUGGCAGCUCUACACACACAUCUUCAACCCUGUGCUGCAGAGAGGGGUAGAGCUGGCCCACCAUGCCCAACAGCUGGGCGUUUCCACUGUCUGUACUCAAGUCUGCAGCUAUCGCACACAGUGCCUGCCUGUGGAGGUACUACUCAUUUACCUGCAAACGUUACCUGCCCUUCUCAAAUCAAGGGUGAUCAGAGACCUUUUCGUCAGUUGCAACGGGCUCAAUCAGGUGACUGAGCUCGUCUACCUAGACCAGACACGCUCUUUGGCCUUGAAGGUGUUUGAGACUCUGAUAAUAGGCAUCGGACACCAGCAGGCUGAUGGGGUGCUUCAGGAGCUGGAGAGUGCCGAUGCUGAAGAAAGGGAGGCCGUCUUGGGCCUGACCGAGGAGCUGGGGUCCCGAGGGGCUGGAGAGGGCCCACAGAGCCUUAGUAAGUUCUACGAAGGCCUAAAGGAGGCGUGCCCGCGUCACAAGAGCCGGAGCGGGCAGGGUCGUGGUCCAGGACGCAGCCGAGCAGAGACCCACCUCCGUGUCAUCAACCUCUUCUUGUGCGUGGCCUUCCUCUGCGUCAGCAAAGAGGCCGAUUCUGACCGGGACUCAGCCAACGACUCUGAGGACACUUCAGGUUACGACAGUACAGCCAGUGAACCUCUUGGCGGCCGACUGCCUUUCCUGUCCCCAGAUUGUGUGGCUCUGCCCUCCAAAGAGCAGUUACGCUGCGCUGCAGAUGUUUGGUCGGUGUGCCGGUGGAUCUACCUGGCCAGCCCCUUGUUUCAGAGGCAGUUCUUCAGGCUCGGAGGACUGGAGGUCUGCUUGCGCCUCAUGGCCAUGGUCAUUCAGAAACUCUCCUGUAAGACCAAGGAUGGGAAAGCAAAGAAAAAGAGGGACGGUAAGGGCAAAGGCAGCCCUGACACCACAGCCCCAGCGGCCUCACUGGGACUGGAGGAGACGACUGGUGAUGCAGCCGACGCCCUCGGCACUUCUCCCGCUGAGGGAAAGACCAAAGAUCCAGCAAAGAGGCUGGAGGAAGAGUGGCAACUACAAAGUAUUCGUCUCCUCGAGGCCCUGCUGGCGAUUUGUCUGCACAGUGCCAACUCGUCCCUGCAGAGGAUAGAGCCUGAGCUUUCUUAUCAGCUCCAGUCGGUGGAAGAGACUCUGUUCGAGGUGAGAGACCAGCUCUCUCGCUCCGGGGUGGUGAACUCUGACCUUGCUGUUCCUCUGUUCGACUCUCUCCUGAGAGUGGCCUUGGCAGAGGUGUCAUCCUGUCCUGACCCUCCUGAGGAGAAGCCAGACAGGGUGAGUCCUGCCUUGGGAGAAACUAAGCUCCAGGUGGUUCCAGCAGGCGAUCUGUCCGAGGAGGUGGACGAGGUGCAGAGCUGUGGCGUUAAGCCCCCGGGGGAGGAGGAGGGCUACGACGCCGACAGUGAAAGUAACCCUGAGGACAUGGCCAAGCAGGACGAGGGUGUGAAGGUGGAGUCUGCUGUGCUGCAUGAGUUUGUGGCGGUGGGGGACGGGCCCAGGGGUGGCGUGCUGCUCUUCCCGGAGAUCUGCACGAUGGAGCUGAAGUUGCUGGCCACUGGCUCCCCAGACCUGGAGGUUCUGAGCCAUGUGUUUCACAGCCUGCUGGGUGCGGUACGCGCAAACCACCGCAAUGCUGCCCUGCUCUACGACCAGGGAGGAGUCAAAACCAUCCUGUCUGGCUUUCACAACAUCCUCAGCCAAACAGACCCCUCCUUUACAGAUUGCCAGACUGUGCUAGUGGAGCUGCUGGUUGCCAUGGUGAGCCAGCGAAUCACAGCGGAGGAACUGGCUCUGUUGAUUCGCCUCUUCCUGGAGAAGACCCCACCUACUGAGAUUUUACUGAAAGGCAUCCUACAAAUCGUUGAAGCCAACGUGAAUAUAGAACCUCUUCACUUCCUGUCCUUUCCUAUAAUGCUUGGGGCUUCGACCCCAGGAGGGGUGUCCACUGGCUCCAGACCAAACGGGGCUGCCGGAGGGAAAAGUGUUGGUUUGCUCUGGAAGGGCAAACUGUCCCCUGGGCGCAGGGAGGGUGAUGCCGAGUACAGACCAAGCCACCUCCGUUCCUCUCCCUGGCACAUUGCUCCCCUCCACUUGCCCCUCGUAGGGCAGAAUUGCUGGCCCCACAUGGCUAGCGGCUUCAGUGCCUCUAUGUGGCUCAGAGUGGCAGAGCAUGAGGAGAAGGAUGGGGAGAAAGACAAGGAGGAGAGUAACGUUCCUGCAGCUGAGUCCCACCAUGGCUCCUCUCAGGCUGGGGCGAGAUUACUAGAGGAAGGUCUCAUUCAUAUCCUGUCAAUGGGCUCCAAGGCACUGAUGCUUCAAGUGUGGGCAGACUUCUCCACAGGCUCCCUCACAUUCAGGAUUUGUAUAGACCCAAACGAUGAGAUAAAAGCAGGGCUGCUGGCGCAGGCCGACUCUGGUGAGGAACUACUGAGAGCGGGGCAAUGGCAGCACCUCGGCCUCACUUACACCCAGCAGCCAGAGGGCAAGAAGAACAUCCAUGGCCGUGUGGUUGUCUGGGUGUGCGGCAUCAGGAAAUGCGAGGUGUCUUUGGACUACACCCUUCCAAAAAAGUCCAGUUUAUCAUCUGACAGCAACAAAACCUUCUGCAUGUUGGGCCACUGUACGCCGUCCUCUGAGGAUCCGUUGAUGCAGAGUAGACGCUGGAGCAUGGGCACCGUGCUUCUCUUCAACGGAUCUAGAAUAGGAGCUGAGGAGGCCCUGUACCUCUACACCAGCGGGCCUGACCUCACCUCAAUCAUGCCCUGCAAGUAUGGCAAGCCCAGUGGGACAGUCUCUAAGUUUGUCACUCUGGAAGGCCUGAAGUGUGAAGAUGUACGGGAGCUUCUGAUGAAGAAUCAGGACGUGGACACAACAGCUUUGGUUGAGAGCUUGGCAGUAGUGUUUGCUCCCAGCAGUCCUAGAGUCUACACCAUCUAUGAGCCUGUAAUCAGACUUAAGGGUCAGGCCAAGACGGUGGUCACCCAGCGGCCCUUCAGCUCCAAGGAGGUGCAGAGUGUUUCCCUGGACCCGAACUUUCUCAGAGCUUUUCUCCCCACUGAAACACAUGGCCUGCAGAGCGUCCUGCACAAGAUCGGUGGAACAGGAAAUUUUGUCUUCCUCUUCGCACAGACGGUGGAGCUGAGUGACUGUGAGAAGACCCAAGCACUGGCUCUGCGGGUGCUGCUGUCUUUGUCCAAGUUUAACCAACACCGCAUCCAUGAAAUGGACUGUUACCAUGGUUACUCUAUGAUCCACCAGGUCCUCAUCAAGUCCAAAUGCAUCGUGGGAUAUCACAUGCUCAAAACUUUACUGGAUGGAUGUUGCAGUGCACCCAUCCUCAUCCUGGGGGACGAUGGCCACUUCCGUUUGGACACCGAGUCCAUCGCUGUGGUGCAGGAUAUCAGACUGCUCUCAGACGUCCUGUUCGACUGGAAGAUCUGGGCCAAGGCUGAGUGUGGAGUGUGGGAAACACUACUUGCUGCCUUAGAGAUCCUCAUCAGGGUGCACCACCCUUAUCAGGUCUUCAACAUCCGUCAGUUCCUCAAGGCUGAGGUAGUGCACCGCUUCCUGCUCACCUGCCAGGUGUUACAGGAGCAUCGGGACGAGCAUCUGACUGCCAUCCCGCAGGAAGUCUGUCUGUCGUUCGUCAAAAUCAUCCAGGAGGUUCUCGGGUCACCCCCGGACAUGGACCUGCUAAAACUGAUCUACAACUUCCUGCUGGCUGUUCACCCACCUACCAACACCUACGUCUGCCACACUCCAUCCAGCUUCUACUUCUCACUACACAUAGAUGGGAAGCUGUACCAGGAGAAGGUACAGUCCAUUAUGAAUCUGAGACACUCUAACAGUGGAGGAAAGUCUGCCAGCAGCUCUGUGGUGUCACUCUCCCCAACUGUCUUCACUGACGCUCCCCAUGAAGGCCAUCUCCACGCUCCUUCCCCUGAGCAUGGAGGUGAUAAUCAGUCGUUACGCCUUCCUAGUCUGGCACCGUCUCCGUACUACUCUCCUCUACUGACACCUCGACUCGGACACGGUAUCUCAAACGAGGCAGGUGAAGGUGAGGGGGUCUCCCUCGCCACUCAGCAGGCUCUUGGCAGCACGGAGACGCUCAAGAAGGGCGGAGCGGACGAGCAGCUUCUGAGCAGCUGUGAAUCAGCCAAGACAAUCUGUGAGUCUAAGGACAUAGGUGAGGGAGGAGCCCUGCGCACUCCUUCCAUCAGCGUGGAGGAGGAGCGGGACGAGGCGGCAGAGGUGAACAGCCUAACAGAGGGCAGCGUUGGGGUGGCAGAGUCUGAGGACAGGUUUGACUUGGCCAGCGACGAGGCGCCGCGCCGCCCUGACAGCCUGAAAGGCAUCCAAUCGUUCCAGAGGAGCCACAGCAAUCUGGCCAGUCUGGGCCUGGCCUUCCCAGCUCCAAAUGGCUCCUUGCCAAUCGGCCGCUGGCCCAAUUCGGCUGACCGAAGCUCCAUGCCUGAAGACUGGGAGAGCUACACAUACUCUCCUGGCUACGAGAGGAUGCACAGCAAGACCGAGUCCAAUGACGGGUCCAGCACUGAGGACUGCCUGGUGCUGAUCUGCUGCGGACUCUAUGAUCUUCUGAGGGGCAUCCUGCUGCUGUUGCCUGACCUCAUGCUUGAGGAGGUGAUGGACAAACUCAUCCAGCCAGAGGCCCUCAUUGUCCUAGUCAACCACUCGUCGCCUCUCAUCCAGCAAGGUGUCAUGAAGCUGCUGGAUGCAUAUUUCAGCAGAGCCCACAAGGAGCAGAAGGAGAAAUUUCUGAAGGACCACGGCUUCUCACUGCUGGCCAACCAGCUGUACAUCCACCAGGGCAGCCUGGGGCUCCUCGAAUGCUUCCUGGAGAUGCUGUUCGGACGGCCGGUGGGCCUGGAGGAAGAUCUGGACCUGGAGGAAAUGGAAAAUAUCUCACCUUUCAGAAAGCGCUGUAUCAUCCCAGUGUUGGGUCUUAUUGAGAACUCCCUGUAUGAAAACUCCUUGGUGCACAACAUCCUGUGUAUGCUGCUGCAGCUCCUCAACGCCUGCCCAAAGCUGGCAGACAUCCUGCUAGACCACGGGCUGCUCUACGUCCUCUUUAACACCCUCUCCACCCUCAAUGGCAUGGAGAACGGUAUUCCCCUGAAUGACUACAAGCUCCUGGUGUGUGACAUCCAGCAGCUGUUGGUAGCUGUGACGAUCCACUCCUGCAGCUCUUCAGGGUCACAGUACUUCCGCAUCAUUGAAGACCUCAUUACCUUGCUGGGUUUCAUGCAGACCAGCAAGAUGCGUCGCACACAGGAGAUGGCUGUGGCUUUGCAGUUCCGCGUCCUUCAGUCAGCGAUUGAGUUCAUAAAGACGACAGCCAAUCAGGAACCUCAGAAGCUGAGCAGCUCUGUUAAUACACCGAGCUCUCCACAUAUCGCCAUCCAUCAGAAGCGCAAGAGCAUUGCGGGCCGGCGCCGGUUCUCUCUGGCCCAGACGGACUCUCUCCUGAUGCGGAUGCGCUCCGUAGCCAGUGAUGAGCUCAACCAGAUGAUGCAGAGGAGGAUGAGCCAGGAAAACCCCAUUCGUGCCAGCGAGACUGAGUUCGUCCAACGGCUGCAGAGGCUUGUGGUUCUUGCUGUCAACAGACUCAUUUACCAUGAUGUAAGUCAGGACCUGUUUGACCUGCUGAAUAUCCCCGACUCUCCAGACCAACCGUUUUUAACCCCAGAUCCAGCUGAUCAGCCGCAGGACGAGAGUGGCUCCGCCUCUCUCUCACACUCUCCCAUUCCCUUCACCCUGCCGCCUGCCAGCAAGAAGAGCUUUCAGAAAGACAUCCUCAUGCUCAUGAUGGACGGGAUCAAAAUAAGCCUGGGCAGCUCGGGUCGAGGAGGAGCCCCACAUCAGCAGUGGCGAAGGAUCCUAUGGUCGUGUCGGGACACUUUUCGGGUCCAAAUCGGCCGCCUCCUUGUGCACACGCUCAGCCCUGCGCUUCCCCUCUCUGACAGGAAGGAGUCGCUGGAGUUUGUGUUUGAUCCCAGACAUUUGGAUAUCCUCAAGGAGAGCCUCAGCCCGGGUCUAGAGCAUGGACCAAAGUUGUCACUGUACCUGUACGAGAUGCUGCACGAUCACAAGGACAGCCUCACCAAAGACGAGCAGAACGCCGUGGGUGUCUUCAUGACCUCGCUCAAGCUUUGUGGCCAUCGCUGCAUCCCACCCAACACUCCACACAAACAAGACUUGCUCAAGGCCAUAAAAGAGGAAAAAUUCAAGUAUGAAGCAGAAGAGAAAACAAGCAAAGUGGCGUGGGAAAAGAAAAUGACCAACACUCAGAGGAAUCUUCUCCAACGACUGGAUGGAAAGUCCAAGGACAUUUCAAAGAUUGCGGCUGACAUCACUCAGAAUGUGUCUCUGCGACAAGGCAUGGAGAGAAAGAAAGUCAUCCAGCACAUCAGGGGACUCUAUAAGACUGACCUCAGCGCCAGCCGACACUGGCAGGAGCUGGUGCAGCAACUCACGCAUGACCGUGCGGUUUGGUACGACCAGACAUCCUACCCAACGUCGUGGCAGCUGGACCCCACCGAAGGGCCGAACCGGGAGCGAAGGCGGUUACAGAGAUGCUACCUCACCAUUCCUAACAAAUACCUGCUCAAAGACAGACGCAAGUUUGAAGACACAGUGAAGCCCCCGUUGUCCUUCCUGGUUGAGGAUAAGACCCACUCCUCCUUCUCCUCCACUGUCAAAGACAAAGCCACCAGCGAGCCCAUCAGGUUCACCAGACGGUGCAUCAGCGUCGCCCCCUCCAGAGAGACAGCAGGGGAGUUACUUCUGGGAAAGUCUGGGAUGUACUUUGUGGAGGACAACGCUGCCGAUGCUCAUGACAACCAGAGCCUUCAUGGGGAGACUGAGGCACCCUCUUUCUCCUGGACGUACGAGGAGAUUAAGGAGGUGCACAAGCGCUGGUGGCAGCUAAGAGACAACGCUGUGGAGAUAUUCCUCACCAAUGGCAGGACCCUGCUGUUAGCCUUUGACAACAAUAAGUUCCGUGACGACGUCUACCACAACAUCCUGACCUCUGACCUGCCCAACCUGCUGGAGCACGGAAACAUCACGGCGCUCACUCAGCUGUGGGGCUCGGGUCAGAUCUCUAACUUCGAGUACCUGACGCAUCUCAACAAGCACGCAGGCCGCUCCUUCAACGACCUCAUGCAGUACCCGGUGUUUCCCUUUAUUUUGCGAGAUUACACCAGCGAGACGAUCGACCUGCAGGACACAAACAUCUACAGGAAUUUAAUCAAACCCAUCGCAGUCCAAUCAAAAGAGAAAGAAGAUCGCUACGUGGAUAACUACAGGUACCUUGAGGAGGAGUACAAGAAGGGCAUUCGGGAAGACGACCCCAUGCCUCCUGUCCAGCCUUACCACUACGGCUCACAUUACUCCAACAGCGGCACUGUGCUGCACUUCCUGGUUCGAAUGCCUCCGUUCACCAAGAUGUUCCUCGCAUACCAGGACCAGAGCUUUGAUAUUCCGGACCGGACGUUUCACUCUAUGAACACCACGUGGCGCCUGUCCUCCUACGAGUCCAUGACUGACGUUAAGGAGCUCAUCCCUGAGUUUUUCUACCUCCCAGAAUUCCUGGUCAACAGAGAGGGUUUUGAUUUUGGUGUUCGUCAAAAUGGUGAGAGAGUGAAUCAUGUGAAUUUGCCGCCCUGGGCCCGCAACGACCCACGUCUGUUCAUCCUGAUCCACCGGCAAGCGCUCGAGUCGGACCAGGUCUCCCAGACACUGUGCCAGUGGAUCGACCUGGUGUUUGGGCUCAAGCAGAAAGGCAAAGCAGCCGUCCACGCCAUCAAUGUCUUCCACCCAGCUACUUAUUUUGGCAUGGACGUUUCGUCUGUAGAAGACCCAGUGCAGCGACGGGCCCUGGAGACGAUGAUCAAAACAUACGGACAGACACCCAGGCAGCUCUUCAACGCCUCUCAUGUCAGCAGGGCCGGCCCCAAACUCAUAAUGGAGGGGGAGCUGCCGGCAGCCAUGGGUCUCCUAGUUCAGCUGGCCUUCAGAGAAACACGAGAACAGGCCAAAGAAAUAGUCUGCCCGAGCCCACUGCCGUGGAUCAAAGGUCUGAAGUGGGGCGAGUAUGUGGGCUCGCCCUCUGCUCCAGACCCAGUGGUGUGCUUCAGUCAGCCACACGGGGAGAGGUUCGGAUCCCUGCUGGCUCUACCAACGCGAGCCAUCUGCGGGCUGUCUCGCAAGUUCUGCCUCAUGAUGAUUUACAGCAAGGAGCAGGGUGUUCGGAGCAUGCACAACACAGACAUCCAGUGGUCGGCCAUCUUGAGCUGGGGCUAUGCAGACAACAUAUUGAGGCUGAAAAGCAAGCAGAGUGAACCGCCUAUCAACUUCAUUCAGUGUUCACAACUGCACCAGGUGACCAGCUGCGCCUGGGUGCCUGAUGGCUGCCAGCUAUUCACAGGCAGCAAGUGUGGAGUCAUCACCGCCUACAGCAACCGCUUCACCAGCACCACGCCGUCGGAGAUGGAGGUGGAAUCUAAGGUUCAUCUUUACGGACACACGGGGGAAGUAACCAGCCUGUUUGUCUGCAAACCUUACAGCAUCCUCAUCAGUGUCAGCCAAGACGGCACCUGUAUCCUCUGGGACCUGAACAGGCUCUGUUACGUACAAAGCCUCACAGGCCACAAAAGCCCCGUGACUGCAGUGUCUGCCAGCGAGACCACGGGGGACAUUGCAACAGUUUGUGACUCAGUGGGCGGAGGCAGCGACCUGCGUCUGUGGACAGUGAACGGCGACCUCAUCGGUCACGUCCACUGCAGAGAGAUCAUCUGCUCCGUGGCCUUCUCCAACCAGCCGGAGGGAGUGUCUGUCAACGUCAUCGCCGGCGGGCUGGAGAAUGGCGUCGUCAGGUUGUGGAGCACCUGGGAUUUAAAACCAGUGAGAGAGAUCACCUUUUCCAAGUCAAGCAAACCCAUCAUCAGCCUGACGUACUCGUGUGACGGCCACCACCUCUACACAGCCAAUAGCGAGGGCACAGUGAUGGCGUGGUGUCGGCGGGACCAGCAGCGCAUGAAGCUGCCCAUGUUCUACUCCUUCCUCAGCAGCUACGCUGCAGGCUGACUGUGUUUCUGAUGUUUACUACUGUCCAGUUCUCAGCAAGAGGAGCCCCCCUCCUCCUCCUCCCCCUCCUCCCCCUCCUCUCUGCACUAACAGGGAGGAGGAUGUGUCAGCAUGGCCUCAAUCUCCCUGAACCCUCCCUAUCUUUUAACUAAAGCCAUCCCCAGCUGAGCAAACUCUACCACAGCCGCUCUCAGCAUCAUAAAAUAAUUAUGAAAAUAUAUGUAUAUAGAUAUAUAUUUAUAAACAUACUGAAGUGGAAUGUUGGGGAGAAUGGAUGAAUAUUUGGCUGAGGCUGCAACAGACACUUUAUAUACAAAAUGCAUUUCUGAGGGUGUGUUUGAUUUGUUAAGUCUUAUAUUAUUUUGUUAAUUGCCGUUAUUGUUGUGCAGAUCUUUGCCUGAUUGCCUGUUGAUUUUCCUGUUUCCUGGUAAGCUGCUAUCUUCUGGCCAAAGCCGGACCCAAAGUGUUAAGACCCCCGUCUCUCGCCUCGUGGAUGAGCUCGUAUUUCCCGUGGCGCGUCGUCCUCUGACAGAUUGCUGCCGGAGCUCGGCGAAGGCGUCCUGCUGACGCUGCAGUAGCCAGGAGAGAGAGGGAGCCCCUCCUCGCGUCUGUCGCCAGGAGAUGGCCCCGCUCUGUGGGAGUGAGACGCCGCUCUGCUGGGCUGUCUGCUCCACUCAAGUCUGCACACGAGUGUCACGGCCCUGCAUCACUGAGCUGCAUUCGAGCUCAGUGGAGGGACGGGGGGGACGUUGGGAUGAAUUGUUCCUUGUGUUGCCUGUUGUUCUGUCCUACUUUUGCAUGCUAGAAUGAUGCUGACCUUGACAGUAUGUAUGUGGUUGUGACAUUUACUGUCAUGGUACUCCUUUAUUAAGGCCUGCCUUGGUUGCGCCUGUCCUCUUGCAUUGAGAGAUGUUGAUAUUCAUUUAUUUAUUAGAAGCACCUCGGAGGCUCAUCUUUCCUUUCCUUUUUCUUGUGUUUUACUGACUUAAUAAACUGUCCGCUGCUCAAAUGCACUAAAACCUUUUCACUAACCUAAUAUAGUUUGCUGAAAUUCUGAGAAAUUACCAAACAGCAUUAGAUGCCUGAAAGCUGCAGAAGAAGCCAAGAGGAAUCUCCUGAAUGCCCCCGUCGCUGAGCUACCAAAAAGGGUGUAGUAGGUGGGUGGGCGUAGUGAGGAGCAUCAUGUCCAGCCGACUGAGGUUAGAACAGUUAGCGUUUCCUGCACUAAUGAGGUUUACAGCUUGUUUCUUAAUCUUAUACAUUACACUAAUCAGUCCAGGAAAUACUCAACCAAACAUUAAUUUCCUUAACCCAUCCAUGGGUCCGUGCAGCUAUUCUUUACAUUCCCUCUUUGCCUACGAUACUUUCAGUUUGUCUGUAUAAUAUGUGUGAAAUGAUGGGCAAAGCACUUUUUUUUUGUUUAUAAGCUACCAUUUAAUUGAAGGAGAGCUAAUGAUCUGUGGUCUUAACAUGAACUAAGCUUUGAUUUCAUUCCAUUAAUAAGUCUACUUAAGAAAGCAAUAUCAGACACGCAAUAGGUCAUUUUUGUCAUGUUUCAUAUGGAGUUUGUUUUAACACAGCUGUGAAGAUGACGUUUGGCUUUUGUUUUGACUGCAGUGAGCCUUCUGUGAUGAGAAAUGUCUUAAAUUUCA